AUGUCUACUACCGAUAGAGAUGCGUCUCCCGCGGAUGGGCUUUCGCCGUCCAUCAAGGGUGGACCGGAUAUCGGACUUUCGCACGAACAAUCUCCCCCUGCUGUCGACCAAGCUGAUCCGGUCGGGAAUGAGAUGCCCUCCUUCGAACCGCUAUUCACACUAUUGACAAACUCAACUACGAACACCACCGUUCACCCGCGCAUUCACUACCUCUUCUCAGACGACGACCAGUCCAUCCUCUCAACGCCCUCUCAAGAUCCAUCCCACCGCGCCCUCGUCGUAGACCUCGCGCCUGCCCCUGAAGGUUCUGCUAACCGCUGGGCCGUAUCAUGGGCAUCCAGCCUGACGCCCGACUUUGCCGUGACAGAGUCUGGUGUUGCAGUACAGCAGGGUGAGGGUGACGAGAGCGGCGGCGCGAUACUCCGCGUCGAAGGCGUCGAGCGCGAACCAGUUGAGGCGCGACCUGAUUCCCUACCUAAUUCUGGAAGCGGCGCUAUAGGAGGCGAGGACGCUGAUGUUUUGGCAGAGGACUUCCGGAGACGCAUGGGGGUGUUGAAGAAGGUUGUUGAUAAGAGUGAGAAGAGACGUAUGGUUAUGGGGCAGAACGAACAGAGUCAUCAAGUAGAAGACAAUGGAGGUGCGCCGGAUGAAGCAGUGCUAGAUUAUGAAGACGACAAGGGGAAGGGAAAAGCGAAGGCUGAGGAUGAUUGA